AUGAACGACCAGCCCCGAGGACGAGGACGUGGCCGUGGCCGCGGCCGUGGCAACUGGAGUGUCUCUUUUACACCACAGAACAACGAUGGCGAUCAGAUGAUGGUUGAUGGCGACUCCUCGCGUGGACGAGGUCGAGGCCGAGGACGUGGGAGAGGUUUUAGAGGAGGCCAAAAUCACUUCCAACACGACAACCGCUCACGAGAGCCACCUAUCGAUAUCGAAAAAGUCAAGUCAAACCCAUCCUACCCACUUAUGGAAGGUUUUCUCGGGCGCCGUUACGAUGCAGCCAACAAGCUACUCAAUCUCUCCGCCAUUGCCAGCGACCAGGAAAUCCUCCAAUCCGGCGUAUUCGCCACAGAAGGAGCCCAAAAGAAGUUUUUCCCUGCCCUUAUGAUUGUUUGCGACGCCAUCCUCGAGACUCAGGAAGCAAAAGAGCAAGCGAUCCACAGCGUUACAAUGUCUGGCAACAAUCUUCAAAAUACGCACGCUGUUUACCAACUCUGUAAUCACUUUCGCCACAUUCAGAACCUUGACUUGAGCAACAACGCUUUUGCGACGCUGGACGCGCUCAAGCCAUGGAAAGGCCGUUUCAGAAACGUCGAACAUCUCAUCAUCGAUUCAUUUCCCUCGUCAAACUGGGAAGACGAGAUCAUCUCGUGGUUUCCCAAACUCAAGAUUCUGAACGGCAAACAAGUGCGUCCCGGCGUGGCGCCAGGGGCAAAUGCACAGCCACAGCAAAUACCCCAAUCCAACACCCCAGUACCCGCAGCCGCAACAAUGGAUCCAGAGCAGCAGAGAAAAGAAGAAAUGAUUCUUUACGUUCAGCGCGAAACCAAUCUCACACGCGACUACGCAAUUCAGUGUCUGGAAGCGGGCCAGUGGAACCUCGAGCAAGCAGGUGCUUUAUUCGCUCAAAGUCGCGAUUCUCUACCACCGGAGGCUUACAACUAA